AUGAAUCUACACCAUACUUAUUUUCAUUCAAGUGCACAAAUUUAUCUUAAUACUAACAAAUUGCAUUAUAUUUCCAGUGCCCUCACUCCACUAGAGACCAGGGCGUACGACGACUCAGCCAUCAUAUACUGCGGGCUGGUGGACUACGACCCUAAGAACUUUGUCUUCGCUGAUGCUGUUAGGGCAUGCCUCAUGGUGCUAGACUUGUGGCAGUACUCUGCUGGCACGUGGCCCGGCUUCGUCAUCGUCAUCGACCUGGACCACGCCACGAUAUCGCACAUCACCAGGCUAGACGUCCAGUCCGUUCAGCAGUUUCUAUACUUCCUACAGGAAGCUAUGUUAUUAAAGAUCAAAAGCUUACACUUCUUAAACGCGCCGUCGUUCAUGGACCGGCUGAUGAUGAUCCUGCGACCGUUUCUCAAGAAGGAGCUCCUGGAGAUGCUGAGCAUUCACCAGAUAGGAUCCACCACCAUCGGGAAGUUCUUCCCGAUUGAAGCUCUGCCCAAGGACGCCGGUGGACAAUAUAAAACCCGUCAGCAAUGCAGAGAUGACGUAAUAGAAAAAUUCACGAGUACAAAGGAGUUCUUCGUGGAAGAGAAUAAGAAGCGAGUGGUGGAGGCGAAGCGGCCCGGCAAGCCGAAGACCAUCUCCGACAUCUUCGGCGGAGUGGAGGGCUCCUUCAAGAAGCUCGAUAUCGACUGAUGUGCUGCGAACCACUAGGAGUUCUAGAACUAAUGUAUUGUUUGUUUGGUGGAGUAAUUUAGUAGACCGCAUUCAAACCAAACGCCUACUUAAUUUAGAGGCGGCUGUUUGAUUUGAAUGCGAGCUAAAAAUUUAAUUGGUUUAUAUUGUAAUUGUAUUAUAAGUACGAGUUUUUCAAAAUUCUGAAUUCUUGUUACCAGUUAGGCAGGUUACCAGUUCUUCUAAUUUUAAGAUACUAGUGUAAGUUUGAACAUGUAUGAGUAUUGUUUUAAAUAUAAAAUAUUGCCUGGC